GAUCCUAUAUGGAUAGUUACAUACGUUCUUUAAAAUUACGCUCUUUUUACAUGAUGUGCCCCAUGAGGCAGCAAAGGUAGAGUUUAUUAGCCUUCCAGUGGCGUCUCAGUUAUGCCUUCAGUCAUUACCACGUCCGCCCUCAGAUCUCGGGGCUCGACAACCACAGUUGCUGGAAACGACUCCAGUGCUACCCGUGCUCUGCCACCACCCUCCAAUUCCUCCAUAGAAGACCAGUUCUUUUGGACUUAUACAGAGGAGCCUCAUCGCUCCAGACGCCAGGCCAUUAUCAAGGCCCAUCCAGAGGUCACGAAACUUUGUGGCAUUGAGCCCUUUACCAAAUAUGUCGUUCUCGGUGUUGUCUCACUUCAGGUCUCCUGUGCAUACCUACUCCAGAAUACCCCAGUGUUGUCAUGGCGGUUCCUUUUGACCGGCUAUGUCAUUGGAGCCACGGCCAACCAGAACCUCUUCCUUGCAAUCCAUGAGAUAUCACACAACCUCGCCUUCAAAUCUCCAUUUGCAAAUAGGCUGCUAGCAAUAUUUGCUAAUCUUCCAAUCGGCAUACCCUAUAGUGCUGCUUUCAGGCCCUACCAUUUAACUCAUCACAAAUCCCUCGGCGUAGCCUCACUAGACACCGACCUCCCCACCGCGCUUGAAGCCUUCUUCCUAGAUUCGGUCUUUGGGAAAGCCUUCUUCUGUACCUUCCAAAUCCUCUUCUACGCCCUGCGGCCCAUGUUCAUCUACUCCCCGCCCUUCACCUCAAUCCACCUGCUAAACAUCAUAGUUCAAUUCAUCUUCGACUUUUGCCUGUACAAAUUCUGCAAUUCUUCCCCCCAGUCUAUUUACUACCUCAUCCUCAGCUCCUUCCUCGCCGGCUCCCUCCAUCCUUGCGCCGGCCACUUUAUAGCGGAACACUAUUUUUUCUCAAAAACUGGCGCAGGCACCGAAUCGAUCGAGGAACUGCGGCGACAGAAGAGUGAUAACCAAGAGACGGAGAAGCCGGCAGGAGAUGCUUCAUCCCCACUGGCGAACCUCACCCCACCGGAAACAUACUCGUACUACGGUCCUUUGAACCUCCUAACUUACAAUGUCGGUCUGCACAACGAACAUCAUGAUUUUCCAGCCGUGCCAUGGACUAGGCUGUAUGCUCUACACAAUAUUGCCAAGGAAUUUUAUGAACCUCUCCCAUCGCAUCGCAGCUGGGUCUGGGUUAUUUAUACCUUUAUCUUGGACUCAAAUGUCGGAUUGUGGUGUCGCGUAAAGAGGGCUGAAGGUGGCAGAAUUGUAGGAGGAGGCGGAGGAGGAGCUACAACUGCUGGUGAUGGCGGCGGGUGGAAGGAAUCUGAGAUUCAAAAUUGAGUUUCGAGGGAUGAUUCACGCCAUGGAUGGAUGAUACUGUCGAACCCCGCUGCUAUAUAUAUCUCUUACUAUCGCCUUGUAAUCGUUUUCUACCAGGUUUUCCCUAUUUUUAUUCUAUUUUAUUUUUCAACUCUCCUCUAUCAUCUGCGUUUUUCGAUAUCUAUAAGCUCCACAUCUUUCUGGUUAUACUUAAACUCAUCUAUGUAAUGUCUUGUCUCGCUUAUUUCA